GGGGGCAGGCCGCCACCGCUGGAUGCACUCUGCCACGCCGGAGUCCGACAUGGAAGGUUUCGAGUUCUUCAAGGUCAUACUUGAGAAUUCCUCCAGCAUGCAGAUGUUGGAUGGCCGUUAGACACAGAAUGUGAAGCUGCGGCAGUCCGGCAGCGGGCUUCGCAGGCUAUGGGACAUGGAGUUGGUGUUCGACACCGACGGCCACAUGUACCUAGGAAAGCAGUUCAUCCGUGCCUAUGACCUAUGACACGGGUACUUCCUUGUCGUCAAGUACGACGACAACGCCAUGCUCACCGUGAAGGGGUUCAACACGACUAUGUGUCGCAUGUGCUACCAGGACGACAAUGAUGCCAGCAAUGGGAGCAGCAGUAGCGACUCUGGCUACAGCAAAAGCAGCAGCAACUCUGGCUAUAGCAAAAGUAGCAGCGAGGAUGAGGAGGAACGGAGUGGAGAAGAAGAGGAGCAGAGCAGGGAUGAGGAGGUGCAGCCUAUUCUAUCUGACGAUGACCACAUGAUGGUGGUGCCAGACAAUGACCUAGCAAUAGUGGUGCCUGAAGAUGGCCUCGCGAUGGUGGUGGUGCCUAACGAUGACCUCGCGAUGGUGGUGGCGCCGGUGAUCCCACAGCUAGGCAACAGGACCAUGUGAAUUAUGGAAGAGGAGU